ACAUAGGGUUGGCUACAAUCUCAUCUACUCCUCUUGUAGUCAUUAAUAUCUCUUCCUCACCUUUUUUUCCCCUCUGUUUAAACUUCAAUCCCUUUCCUUUUUCUUCAUUUUCAUACAAUUUGGUGAAAGCAAGAAAAUUCUCUUUACUUUGUGAACAUCACAGUAAUGGCAACUACGGCAUUUGUAGAAUUCAGUGUUGUUGUUCGUCCUCAAUCGAAUUUCGUUAAUACUUCAUACUUGCAGCAGCUUCAUAGUCAUCGUCCCUUUUUAUCCCUAAGCAUUCCCAAAUCAACUGCUGCUCUCUCAUUCACUCAAUCUCUAGGUUUUGGAUGUGGAAUUGAGAGACAACAGUGUGAUCGUCGGGAUUUGGUUCAAACAUCAGCUGUUCGAGAGUUGGCUGGGUCUCUUAUUUCUGCCCAAGGACAUCGUUUUGCUAUUGUGGUGGCACGUUUUAAUGAUCUGAUCACCAAGAAGCUUUUGGAGGGAGCUUUGAGCACAUUCAAGAGUUACUCAGUUAGAGAAGAAGACAUUGAUGUUGUGUGGGUUCCUGGUAGUUUUGAAAUUGGUGUUGUCGCUCAGCAACUUGGCAAGUCAAGAAAGUAUCAAUCAAUAUUGUGUAUCGGUGCGGUGAUUAGAGGUGAUACCUCCCAUUAUGAUGCUGUGGUUAAUGCUGCCACGUCUGGAGUACUUUCAGCAGGUUUAAAUUCAGGUACUCCUUGCAUAUUUGGUGUCCUGACAUGUGAUACCUUGGAACAGGCUUUCGACCGUGUUGGUGGGAAGGCUGGGAAUAAAGGUGCUGAAGCAGCAUUGACAGCCAUUGAGAUGGCAUCUUUGUUUGAGCACCAUCUGAAGCCAUUACAGUAGGGAAAUUAAAGACCUCUUUUUUUUCUUUUUUUUUUGCUUCAGCUUUAUUGUUGGAAGAAAGUUGUGUAGUAAUUUGGCAAUUGUGUUCUUUGAGGAAUCAGAAUUGCUCUAAAUUGUUUGCAGGGAUAAUAUUUGUGAACCAAACUGCAGUUGUUCCAAUGUUGUAUUUUCAAAUAAUAAUAAUCUAUUUCUCUAUUACUA